ACAGGUGCGUCGAAGAAGACACAGAGACACUUUGUAACUUUAAAUAUCACCAGUGUCUGCAAAUUUACUCUCAGAAAGCUAAGAAAAUAAGAGAUAAUAACAGAAAAAAACUUACUUUGUGGGCAAUAAAUCAAACCUAACUAAAAGCCAAUCCGAGUUUAAAGAGUACGGGAUUUGUACCUUCAGAGCAGGUGGACGUCGCCUUUGUUGAUUUUUGAGGUCACAUUUGAAGGAAGUGGAAAUGGCCAACUCCGGGUUGCAGAUGUUGGGAUUCGCCCUGUCGCUUCUGGGCUCAAUUGGACUGAUAAUUGGCACCAUUUUGCCCCAAUGGAAGAUGUCCGCUUAUGUUGGGGACAACAUCAUCACAGCGGUGGCCAUGUACGAAGGACUGUGGAUGUCCUGUGCGUUCCAGAGCACAGGCCAGAUCCAGUGUAAAGUCUACGACUCUAUCCUGCAGCUCAACGCCGCCCUCCAGGCAACGCGCGCCCUUAUGAUUGUCAGUAUCAUCGUAUCUAUAGCCGGCCUGGGCGUAGCCUGCAUGGGAAUGAAAUGCACCAAUUGCGGAGGGGAUGACAAAACGCGCAAGUCCCGUAUUGCCAUGACUGGCGGCAUUAUCAUUCUGAUCGGAGGUAAGAAGCCAUUAAGUCUUGUUUCUCUUUUCUUUUUUUCUUUUUUAACUCCACCUCCUCCUUUUCCCUGGAUUCUCAACAGUUUCAUUGAUUUAUUUCUCUGUUGCUUCUCCACAGCUUUGUGUGCCGUUGUUGCCUGCUCUUGGUAUGCUCACGACAUCAUCCAAGCCUUCUACAACCCCUUCACCCCUGUCAAUACCAAGUACGAGUUCGGGUCCGCCAUCUUCAUCGCCUGGGCCGGAGCGUUCCUGGUUGUAGUAGGAGGUGCAAUGCUGGCAGCAUCCUGCCCAAGAAGCAAACCCUCACCGAAGUAUCCCAUCUCCAGACCACCAAGCAGCAAGGAAUACGUCUGAACAGGACAGGACUCAGUGUUAGAGGCUGAAGGAACACUUUGACAUUCACAUUAGUCUCAGCUCAGAGAUUGAAACAUUGAAAAGAUGUAUCUCAGAAGGGGAUCAGUACCUAUCUGUGUUUUUUUUUAUUUUUUUUAAAUUUUGUAUUUUAGUUUCGUCAGGACUACCCUGUAUUGUUACUGUAAUAUUAUUUUAACAAUUGCAUUCAAGUUUUAAAUAAUUGCUGUUUACUUCAUAAGAGAGCAAAUUGGCCUUGUCCCAUCUGGAACUGCAGCAAGUGCUUCAAUUUGAAUACUAUGUAGUAUAGUAUUCACCUAAUAGUCAUCUUUAAAGCACUAAAGUUGAAGAUGAAAAAUAUAUUUCACUUUCUGCAUGCUACAAUGUACAGUGCAUUGAAGUGUACAUUGUAUGUGGGAGAACUGUUUGAAUGCACUGAAUAGAAAUCCAGAUAUGGGAAUGGACAACCAUUUAUCACUGUUAGGCUGUAAGUAAUAGUUCAUCAUCUGGCACCUGAGAGUCAAUCUGCUACCAUAUUGUCCACGUUUGUGUGCCUUUUUAUUUAUAUGAACAAGUCAAAUAAAUCUAAACCGCUGUAUACUGCUCUGCUUUAAUCAAGUGCCAGAAUGAAAUGGUAACUUUACAAAUUACAAUAUGCCAAUGUUUUUUUCUGUCAUUCAUACAGAAGUGGUGAGCUACUGUUAACAUGGUGUAAUAUUGUCUGUGUGAAUGGGCUUGGCUUAUAGUGUAUUUUUUUAAGUCAUAACAGCUGUUGCUGCACUCAUCAAUGUUUAUGUUUUUAAAAACUUAAAUUGUGUCUUGUUUGUGUUGUACAUAAAAUAAAAGUGAAAAAUUGACUUUA